CACUGUUUUGUUGGAAACCCUAGAAUUGAGUAAUUAUAAUUUGUUUAUGAGUCGGGUGCUACUCAAUUCUUGCCUGAUCACGACUCCACUCGUUUGCUGAUACCCGACUCAGUGGAAAUGUACGGAGCCGAUAAGAAUUCCGACGAUGCGGAGCAAACAGCUUUCAGGCGAGCAGAGAAAAAGUACAAGCUAUACUACGGCCAGGACUCUAAAAAGAAAAAGCAACCCAAACAGGUGGAUUUAUCUCAGGUUUUGGACUUCACGUCCAUUCUUGAUUCUUACAAUCAAAAUGGCGAGCUUCCUCCACGAAUUACAGCUCUUGAAUGUGGAUUUGGUAGACCGGUUUUCUGCCUGGAAGACCGCCCAGGCUUUUAUUUCAUGCCUGGAGCAUUGAGCUUGGAGGAACAGUGCCAGUGGAUAAGGGAGAGUUUAAUGAGCUUUCCACAACCUCCUAACAGAACAAAUCACAAUGCAAUGUAUGGGCCUAUACAUGAUCUUUUCAAGGCAGCAAUGGAGAAGAAAAUACUGGUUGAGGAUUUGGGUUUGGCUGCUAGUUUGGAUUGUAGAUCCAAUUCCCGUAUUGCUAAUGGCAACACCAAUAAAUGGAAGUUUUAUGAGGAACAAUUCUUGCAAUCAAGAGGAAAAACAUGCAAAUCAAUUUCAGCUUCUGUACUUCUACGAAAGCUUAGAUGGAGUACCCUUGGCCUACAAUUUGACUGGUCAAAGCGGAACUAUGAUGUAUCCCUGCCACACAACAAGAUACCAGAUGCACUUCAUCAGCUGGCCAAAAGAAUGGCUUCACCUGCAAUGCCUGUGGGGGAAGAAUUCCAGCCAGAGGCUGCCAUAGUGAACUACUUUGGUUUAGGGGAUACCCUUGGUGGCCACCUGGAUGACAUGGAAGCAGAUUGGACCAAACCUAUAGUGAGCCUGAGUUUGGGUUGCAAAGCUAUUUUCCUUUUAGGAGGAAAAUCUAGAGAGGACACACCAUUAGCAAUGUUUCUCCGGAGUGGAGAUGUUGUGCUUAUGGCUGGAGAUGCAAGAGAAUGUUUCCACGGUGUGCCUCGAAUCUUCACCGACAAAGAAAAUGCAGACAUGGCAUCACUUGAACAGCAAUUCUCACAUGAAAACGAUGUCUUUUUCUUGGAAUAUAUCAGAAAAUCAAGAAUCAACAUCAAUAUCAGACAAGUAUUUUAAGGUGCAUUAUUAGAUCUUUAUCCAAUGUAUUCCAGAGAUUUGAUUGAUGUUGGAGUCAGAAAAUUCUCUUCUAGGAGACUUCCACAAUCCUUGGAGGUAAAAAGGAAUAGAGAGAGAAGUCGAAGCAGAGGCUGCAAUUUGAGGAGACAGAAAUUUUUGAAA